AUGGAAAGUCUAAGAACAUUGUGUGAAAUCUCGUUGAUGAGAAAUCAUUCCAACUUACAGUCUGUCAGUAACGUUCCCUAUCACUUGUUGAAGAAAAUAUUGCAAAAAGUCAAAAUACCGCAGUUGUUAAGACUGGAGAAAAGCAACGUUUUAUUGGUGUUUGACGAUGAUGAACUAUGGUUAGAAUUCUUGAAACAUGAUUUCCCAACUAAUGUGCAAGAACAAUUUGUAUCCAGGAGAGAUUCCAUUUGCAAAUAUUACUUCAAUUUCAUAAUGGAAAACGACAUAGAACUCUACCAGUCAGAUCAAGACUUGCUGAAGUCUUGCAUACGACAGUCAGUGGUCAAAGACACCCGAAACAACAAGUACAGAGUGCCAUACAGAAUGCUAUACGCAAAGUACCAACAGGAAGUGGAAAAGAAACAAGAGGAAAGUGCAGAAAGACUGCGAUUCGAAAUGCAAAAAUUGCAGCAAGAAAGAGAGAAAAAGCAAACCAUAGUAGUAGACCAUACUGACUAUUUCAAAAAGAGGAAUCCCAAGAAAAUAGCAAGGUCGGACAACGAAUUUCAUUCGCAAUUGUACAUGAAGUCCCUAAAAGACCACGAGUCCAGACUUAAGCAUUUCAGAGAUGGUGGCUUCAACAUUGCAAAAAGACAUGCGCAACGUGUAGCCUUUGGAGGGACAGCUGGCCGACAGCCGUCUGCCCCCAAGAAAGUCCCAGUGCCAUCCAAUGCGGAACCCGUCAAGAUAGGCCGACAAAUCGACGACUCUGCUGCAGAGAAGAGAGAUGUAACUCUCCAGCCCAUCAAGAAGAGAAGAUCCGAAUCACCGUCGAUCUUUCUCAGCCGCAAAAAACCUGCAUUGCCCAGGGCGGCCCCAAAGGUUAACACUACAAUCUCCCGAGACCAUUCAACGGCGAUCACUAACGAUCACCGCACUUAUCCUCAUAAUGGUCCCCACACAGGUAUUAUCUCAUCCACGCCAAAUGUCACCGCAAACACCGUAUCAAAGGGCCACAAGAAGAAGAAAUCCGGCAUUUUCGUACGAAAUGCCGGACCUGACGGAGAUACCCCCUCGCACGUGACCACGGCCGCGCCUACUACCCGCCCGUAUAUUCACGAUCCGCGGAAAUAG